AUGCGUACCCACUGUGAUAAGAUCGGUCGUCUUAUCUCAAAGAAGUUUGAUGUUGAUGAACAUAUUAAGAAUAUCUCUUCAUAUCGUUUAUCAUUCUUCGAGAAGCUUGUCAUAUGCAGAGGUUUGAAAUUUUCCUUGCCACAUAAGGUCUCACCAAUUGACGUUCAAGCCAGCUUCGAGAAAUUGUAUUGGAAAAUUGAUGAUAAAUUAUCAGAUCCUAAUCUUAAAGAACUAGCUGCGUCCACACUACGAUCCAUUGCUUUGAAUUACAUCCAAAGAAAGAGCCCCAAUCCACCUAAAGCUCUUGUUAAGGCGCUCAAUCUUCUAAAAGAACGAGAUGACAUUGUUAUCACAAGGCCUGACAAGGGUUCUGGUACCGUAGUAAUGGAUAAAGAGGAAUAUCUGCGCCUUUUACGUCAAGCAUCUAUAGCUGAUACAUCAAAAUUUACAUCGAUUGAUCCAAACCGUCCGAAAACUCGAGGCCGUCCACCUAAGCAUUUUCACCCUCUUCUGCAGAAAGAAAAAGAGUUGAAAGCAGUUUUACAUCAAGUUCUUCCCGAAAAACUGGCUGAAUCGUUGUCUCCCAAGGGUUCCCGACUAGCGCACUUGUAUGGAUUACCAAAAACUCACAAGCCUACCCUGAGUAUGCGUCCGAUUCUGUCAGCCUCAGGGACAUACAACUAUAAGUUAGCUAAAUGGUUGGAGGAAAAGCUCAAGCCUCUCUCGAUGAAUGAAUACACCAUUGACGACGCUCUUGUUUUCUCUAAAGAAAUUCGCGAACAUCCUGUCCUUGAAGGUGAUAUACUGGCUUCAUACGACGUAACGUCAUUGUUCACAAAUGUCCCAGUUCAGGAAACCAUCAACAUCCUUGUCGAGAAAGCCUUCACCGAUAAUUGGUUCAAUUCAACGUACGAUCUCAACUUACAGAAGGAUCAGCUCACUCAACUUCUCAGAAUGGCUUCCACUGACCAACUUUUCCAAUUUGAUGGUCAACUUUACGAACAGUGUGAAGGAGUUGCUAUGGGGUCCCCCCUUGGUCCUUUGUUGGCGAACGUGUUUAUGUGCCAUCUGGAAGAAAGACUAUCUAACGAUGAUUUAAUUCCUUCUUAUUACAAGCGUUAUGUCGACGAUACGCUUGCAAUAAUGCCUGGACUCGAUGCAGCUGUUCAGCAACAACUUGAGACUUCCUCCAAUAUACCUAUGGGUGGGAUCAAUACGCCAAAUAUAGCUCGUUAUCAGAAAGCUGCAAACAUGGUCUUCUUUGUGCAGUAA